UCAAACAAGUCAACGUGUGUCUCCGCAGAACGUUUGAAAACUUUGUUAUCAUCAGUUCGCUAAAGAAAUGACAGGAGCGCAGCGCAUGUCCUCGACUGCUGCUAAUCUCAAGGUUAAAUGGUUGUCAUGCCCAACAGUGUCUCCCUGAGUCCAAAGUAAUCUGCACAAUGAGGCCAUCUCUGCUGCUGGCUGCCUUCCUACUGGUGUUAGCUAAGGCUUCCAAAGUGACCGCCUUUUUGGAGGAGACACAGACUUCUGCGAUCCAUCCAGUUGGAGGUGCCCAGAUCCGGAUCAUGUCAGCCCAGUUUGAGUGUUACUUGAAGAUUCUGAACGACCCACCCCACAAAGGACAUGGACCAUAUUGUAACCGGACAUGGGAUGGCUGGCUGUGCUGGGACGAUUCCCCUGCUGGGACCACUGUCAUGCAGUUAUGCCCCGAUUAUUACAAAGACUUUGAUCCCUCUGAAAAAGUAACAAAAGUCUGCAAUGAGGAUGGACAGUGGUUUCAACAUCCAGAGAGCAACCGCACGUGGACCAAUUACACCCUGUGCACAGCCUACACAGGCCGGAAACUCAAGACAGCGGUGUUCAUGUUCUACUUAGCAAUUCUGGGUCAAGUGCUCUCUCUGAUCUCUUUAAUAAUCUCCUUAUGCAUCUUCUUCUACUUCAGGAAUCUGAGCUGCCAGCGCAUCUCACUUCAUAAGAAUCUGUUCCUGUCUUUCAUCCUGUACUCCAUCGUCACUAUCAUAUGGCUCUCAGUUGUGGUGUACAACCAGGACCAAGUGUCUAUGAAUCCGGUGGGCUGCAGAGUUUUGAGCUUCUUAGUCUCGUACACUAUGGUCUGCAACUACUUUUGGAUGCUUUGUGAAGGCAUUUAUCUUCAUACGCUGAUCAUUGUGGCUGUCUUUGUGGAGAAACAGAAGCUUUGCUGGUACUACAUGUUGGGAUGGGGGUUCCCACUGAUUCCAGCGACGAUGUAUGCUGUGGCAAGAUUGCUCUUCUUCAAUGACAACUGCUGGAUCAGUUCAGCUACAAAUCUGGUGUACAUCAUUCACGGACCUAUCCACGCGGCACUGGUGGUGAAUUUGAUUUUCCUGCUGAAUAUCAUGCGGGUCCUUAUAACCAAGAUGAAGCUGACCCAUCGGGCAGAGUCUUACACCUACAUGAAACUUGUGCGCGCCACCCUCAUCCUCAUACCCUUGUUGGGCAUUCAGUUUUUGCUGGUUCCUUGGACACCCAAAGGCCGGUUGGUGGCAGAAAUCCAUGAAUUCAUCACAAGCAUAUUUUUACACUACCAGGGUCUUUUGGUGGCCACAAUAUUCUGCUUCUGUAAUGGCGAGGUUGUGGCAGUGAUCAAGCGCGUGUGGAUGCAGUACAAGUUUCAAUGUGGCGGCAGGCUUGGGGUCAGUGAGCUGCACUCUAAUUGCAACACCAGCUCCACCGUGGAAGACAUAAGGACAGGACUGACAAAUGGGAAAAGCAGCGAAGUGUGCAGUGCAGGAGGGGUGGACGACUCGGCCAAACCAGCCAACAUGAUCACCCGCGUUUAACAGAUCAAUGUGUUUGAAUGCAUGCCCACUGUGAACGUGCUCUACUUGACCCCAUGAGGGUGUUUUGGGAGAGGUUUUUUUUUUCCAAUUGUGAUUUAACUGGAAGAUUCCAACAGGCCAAUAGAAAGGAUAGGAGCAAAGGAAUUAAAAGGAAUUCAGAAAAUCACAAAAGAAUUGGAAGUCUGGCAUGCUUAAAGUGCCAUCCCUGUCUUAAUGCUGUUUUACCAAGCGUACCAAUGGAGUGGCUGCAUUAAACCAAUAAAAGGUGGACCAGUUAAAGACAUUGCUACGGAAAUGUAACACUCACAUGGCGUUCCAGGUGACAACGAAUCACUCAGGAUUUGUUUUUUUUAUUUUAUAUAGUGCCUUUCAUCACAUCACAUUCUUUAAUCAUAUAUAGUACUUAUCAUCACAAAGCAUAUUAUAAAGAGCAAUUUUUUUGUUGUAGAGGACAAAGUGUGUACCAUUACAUGUACCAUUAGGGGGCGCUAUAAUAGAAAACAAUGGCAUCAAUGUCACAAACUAAUACAGAAGGUAUGGAUUAUGGGUAACCUAAGUAAACUGAACUUUCAAAUUAGCAGCACAAUAGGCGUCUACAGGAAAGGUGUCUGGAGGCACAGUUCACUAUUUAUUUAUUUUUUUUGGAGAAAGUAAACAGCACAAAAUGCCUAGAAACAAAUGGAGAAAGAGUUUUUGGAAAGGUGUACGAGGUGUGGCAGAAAAGUAAUGAGACUGAUUUUUUAUUUAGCAAAGUUUUUAUUUUUUUCAAACAUCA